UUUCCAGCGGCCGUGUUCGCGUUUCCGUCGUCUUAAUCCUUUUUAAUCAACGGGUAUACCUGCUCAUAAAUUUCGUUGUCACUGGUGUAGUGUGCCCGCCCAUCGUUCCGAUCGUUCCCACCUGGCGUCCGGACCGUUAUCAAAGCUAUCGGCAAGCGGGCAAUCAAGUCGACCGACCGAAGAAGGGAAAGGUGACAAGAAAAAAACAUAUCGGCUGCCAAAACCAGGUGAUAAGGCGGGAGGGUAGCCUGGAAGAGAAACAAAAAUUGAAUAAGAAACAAACAGAAGAAAGAAAGAAAAAAAAAACGAAUCGGCUAUCCAGAAGCAAAAGGGUCGAAACUUGCAAAUUGUACCAAAACAGUGCUCGCUCGCUAUCGUGUGUCGGUUUUCGGUUUCUCGCAGCCCUUGCGAACCAUCCGCUGAGCUGCUCCAUCCAACCGAGUGGGGUGAUUAUUUUAAUGCUCCUUUUAGUGUGCCCAUGCGGUGUGGAUGCAGUAGUUGCAUAGUGCGAGAAGCUCAAAGUGUGUGUUCGUAUCGCUGUGUCAGCCUGUCGCAAAUUUGCUGCAGGCAAAACAACUAUAGAAAUCAAAACGGGCAAUAUACACACGGGCUGCAAAUAAAUAAUUGUGAAGGAUAAUCGAUUGGUUGGCUCCUGUUACCUAGGGUGUUGCAUGGUAAUGGGAAGUGGAUUUUCCCAGACAGCUGCGGUGUUAAAGUGUACGGGAAGAAAGUGUAUAUACCUAGUCCGCGAAAAGCGUACUGCAACGCGUUAAAAGCCUGCAGAAAAUCAUAGCAAUCCGUGAUAAACAGGAUUUACACUAGCCGUUUCCCUUCCCUUUCCCACGUUCCAUUCUCCAUCGAACGCAUGCGGUGGAGAAAAAGAGAAGUAGGCUCAUUGCAUGCAUACGUAAGUAGUGUUUGGGGAUAUCCUCACUGCAGGUGAAUGUGUGUGUGUGUGUAUGCGUAUGGCUGUGUGCGCACCACAUUCCUUUUUUUAAAGGCCUUGCUUCCAAGGUAAGUGGUGUGUGAGGGAGCGCGCGUGUGUGUGUGUGUGUGUGUCAAAAAUUGAAGGAUAUACCGCCCAUCGUUCCCAUUCUACGCAGGAUAACGAGUUUUGUUAUCCUUUUUCACAUUGACGUCCAGUCCGUGAGUACACUAGCAGCAGUACAGUCUGUAGUUUGGCUGCGUGUGCAUCUUGUCGCGGAAAACCUAAACCAGGGUUUUGCGCCACCAGAAAACACCCCCCACCCCCGCACACCACCCGGGUUGGGGCGAUCCGUGACAGGAUGUAAUUAUGUUGCACACUGCUGUGCAUCUUUCGUUCCGUUACUCGGUUAAUUCUAUUGUUGUGGGCAUUAGCACAAGUGCAUUUACGGAAAUCAGUGCAUAUAUCGAAUUAAAGUGAUUGAAAUCGACGUGAUUGCCUCAUGGUUGCCUCUUUUUCUCUCUUUUUGUUGAGGUAAUUUACGCAAUACCUCGUUAAGCAGCGUAUCGUUGUGCAUCCUUUCCCUGCAAAGUGUUUCUGCGUGCUUUGUGCGUGCGUGUGCGUAUCGAAGUGUUUAACCGUUCUGAUACUACACCGACAGUAGACCAUGUCCUUCGGUGGUGUUUUUGUGCAGCAGUGGUGAGAAGGUGUGAAGUAAUCCACCACCAGCACGGAGCAAGUUUAGUGCCAUUACGGCCAGAAGAGCAUCCAUCAAUCCAUUUCCCGCACACACACACAACAAGAAAGGGAAAUUCUUCGUGGUGUGUGCGUAGUGGUGGUGUAAGCGGGAAGAAAAAUGGGUCAAGCAGCGAGCCAGGAGGAUGCGGAACAGGGUGGUCAAGCCGGCGGUGAGGAAGAGGACGACGACGGUGGCAUCAUCCCGAUGCGAUCGGACCGCUUCCUUGUGACGGACAGUGAAAUUGCGUGCGAGGAGGCGGCACGAUUGACGGCAGAUCAGGAAGAUCCUUCGCCGGACGACGAUGAAGGAUGUGAUUACCAUGAUAUGCCGCCACCACCGGACGGUGGGUACGGCUGGGUGAUCGUAUUUGCUUCCUUCAUGUGCAACAUGAUCGUGGACGGUAUCGCAUACACGUUCGGUGUGUUUCUGAACGAGUUCGUAGUUUACUUCGGCGAGGGCAAAGGCACAGUGGCGUGGGUCGGUAGCUUGCUCAGUGGCAUGUACUUAAGUGCCGGUCCGGUCGUGUCAGCACUUGCAAACAAAUUUGGUUGUCGGGCGGUCUGUAUUGCCGGCAGUAUCAUUUCCUGUGCGGCAUUUGCGCUCAGUACGCUCAGCACCUCGGUAACGAUGCUGAUGCUCACGUACGGCGUGAUGGGUGGCAUCGGUUUCGGUCUAAUCUAUCUGCCGGCCGUCGUGGCCGUCGGUUACUACUUCGAAACGAAACGUUCGCUAGCGACCGGUAUUGCCGUGUGUGGGUCCGGUUUCGGUACGUUCGCGUUUGCGCCACUCGCAAACUUGUUGCUGGAGAACUUCGACUGGAAAAACUCGAACCUGAUCCUGGCGGGUUUGAUCCUGAACUGUGCUGUGUUCGGUGCGAUGAUGCGGCCACUUACUUACCCGAAGGACGAUAAAGUGAAACCAUUGAUGCAGCGUAUGUACGAGGAGAAGCGACUCCAGAUGGAGCGUGGCUCAAUCGGUGGAUCGUACUUCAUGGUACAGCUGCCCGACGGCACGAUGGAGAAAAGACUGAAAGCACCACUGAACGCUGAUCCCGGCGUACACUCUAGCCUUGCACUGGACCAGCUGGCGGCUCAGCAAGGUGGCAUGCAUCCGGUUGCAACGCUGCCCACCAUUUCGGAGUUUAAGACGCAAGAACAGAACGGUAGCAGCGGUUCGUCGUCCGAAUCGAGCCAGAUUGAGAUGAAGAAACCGUUGAACAAGAAGCGCAACACAAACUCGGAGUCGGAUGCGGCCGACUACGGUGGUGACAAUUUGCCCCGCAAUGCCUCACAGCCUGCCUUUACCAGCCAUCAGUCGGGAAUCCCGAAGAAUGGUUCCGUACCGACGUUCGAUCGCGUCCGCAAACACUCGACUGGAGAGCGGUUCAAACCAUCGCUGGCAGCCAUCAAGGCUAGCUCGCGGGGCGAUGUCGGUAGCAACGGUGACGACGAUGGUAGUAUGUUUACCUCAAAAGCCUCGCUGAAGGCGGAUCGUCCGGUAAUGGUCCGUCCGCUGUCACGUAAGGACAUCUUCUACUCCGGCUCCGUCACAAACCUUAAAGAAUUCCAGUCCCAAAAGUCACUAACGAACUAUCGCAAUUCCGUCGUAUCACUGACCAAAUUCGAGAAGGAGCAUCGCAAUGAUGUGCGAGAUGACGUAGAGAAAGGAAGGGAAGAACAAUACGACCUAUGUCCUUGUCUGGUGUUGCCGGAAUCUUUCAAGAAUGCGAUCGGUGCCAUGAUGGAUGUCAGCUUGCUGCGCGAUCCCGUCUUCAUGAUGAUUGGCGUUUCGAACAUCUUCGGUAUGGCCGGUCUGUACGUCCCAUUCGUGUACCUGGUCGAUGCGGCCGUUUUAGAUGGAAUUGAACAAAACUCGGCCUCUUUCCUUAUCUCGAUCAUUGGCAUUACCAACACGGUGGGACGUAUCGUGUGCGGCUAUGUGGCGGACUUUCCGCAAGUGGACGCCCUGUUUCUCAACAACAUCUGUCUAGUCAUCUCCACCGUAGCGGUCGCCCUGACGCCUUUCUGUCAUACUUACGCGGCGUACGUAGCAAUGGCCAUCGCAUUCGGUAUUGCCAUCGCUGGCUACAUUUCACUGACGUCAAUUAUUCUGGUCGAUUUGCUCGGACUGGACAAGCUUACGAAUGCGUUCGGUUUGUUGAUUCUUUUCCGUGGUGCUGCCACGAUCGUCGGUUCACCGCUGGCCGGAGCUCUGUACGAUGCCACACAGUCUUACUCGAUACCGUUCUUCGUCGCUGGCGGACUGUUUGCCCUGUCGGCCAUUACAAGCUUUGCCGCACCGGCCAUGAAAAGAUUCCGCAAACAAUCGGAAGCACCCGUACAUGUCGAGGUGCUGACACCAAUCGAUGAGGAACCGUCGGAAGAUUUGGCAGACGAUGAUCAACCGAUCACGAUGGUACCGAAGAUCAUUCAAACCGCCCCCAGCCCGUCCACGGAGCAACCAGUGACUUCGAAUAUCACCUCCACUACCACCAUUAACGAUGAUCGCAAGCAGACACAGUCAAAUGGCGGCACGAAGGACACCGACAAGGAAGUGAGCCAGAUGGAAUCCGUUUUGUAACGUGUAACCCGUCGGUACGGAUCGAGUAACGCGUGUACCAAAAUACGAUGUCGGAAAACAUGCCAACACCGAAUGGGAUGGAGUAAGCGGCAAUGGUUUGUGUCGUCAAUGCCUAACGUCCACAGGAUGCUCAUCUAAGCGUGAUCGAUGAACCUCAUCUCCUUCUCAUCCACCUUGCUUACUUAUAAGCAAAACAGUUUAAAACGCCCAAAUUUGGAUGGUAGGAUGCGGGUAUGGUAAUCGAAAGCGAUUAAACGAGUAGUUAAAAAAAAUCCGGAAGCGAGGAAAUGCGUGCGUUAAAAGUGGCCGCUACCGACUCCAAUGUUUCAACUAGCUAGUGUUAGGCUUACCUAAUUAUACCUAAUGAUGAAGAUUUGUUUUGAUUAUGUUAUUUUUAAUUAAAACAAACGAAAUGUUUUUUAUCGCGACGUAGCGAAUGCGAGUAUGCGGGGGAAGUAUAGUGUAGCAUCAAGUGGAAAUGUGGAACAAUUUGCAGUGCAAGCAGAACAACUAGAAAAGUAAAAGAAAAGAAAAACAAGCGAAAAAAAAAUACACACACAGCGAGAGCAAAAGAAACAAAGUGAAAAGCGGAAUGAUAGAAACAUAAUCGUGAACAAAACAAACCAGAAAAAAACAAAGAUGCAAACGUUAGUGUCAUAGUAAGAUACGAAAGAAGCGAAUGAAUGUGUUAGAAUGUGUGCAAAGCAUAGAUGUAAAAACUAAAAACCGAGAAAAAAAAACAAACAAAACGAUUAUUGCGUGUAGUUAUGGGACGACGGCGGCGGCAAGUGACUAUUUAAUUUUAGUUUUCUUUUAAAGGUUUGUUUAUUGUUUUUUUCUUCUUCUUUUCCUUAUUAUUCAAACAUUCGGUAAGCAUUGUUAAUCUGUUACGGAGGCUUGUACGAUGCUCGAUCGUACUUAGUUCUCAGUUAAGAUAUUUUAAGGUUUCGACGCCAUAUCCAUGCUGAUUUUCUUACGUUGUUAAAUUGUUGGUACUCAGUACUUAUAGCUCGUUACGUUCCGGAACGGAUGAUUAGUGAGGAGGUGUAAAGAAUUAAUUGUGUAGCACCAUAAGAUGCUACAAUGCAACGCGGGAGGAAAUUUGAUGGUAACACAAACAAAGCUCACGAACAGCAAAAGGAGUAACAAUAGUAUGAACAAAUCUCUACCAAUUUGCUUAGCCAGUAGUAGACAAGCCGCAACCGAUAACAGCAGUAACAGAGUGUGUAUGUGCAGUGCUUAAGGGAUGAAUGUAGAAGCAACACACAAAAAACCGCCAGCCAACCUCUAUUUACUAAUGAAGCUCACUCACAUUCACACAAAACACACAUGCAAACAUAUGCAGAUACUAUUCUAGCUACAAGAAUGAACAGGCACAACCGAAUCGUGUGUUGGCCACCAUCAGGAGUAGACAAAAGUUUUAUGAAAAUACAACAAAAACAAAAACAAAAGAAAAUUGUCCACAUAACGUGUAAAUGCUAGCGAAAACUCAACAGUCCCUAAGGUAGCGUUGUGAAAAGUGUAAUAAAACAGAAAACAAAUGAG